GUUUCCUCCGGCUUCACACAGCGGAAUCUCAGGCGUUGUGCUGAAGUGUCAUGAAGGCUGUUAGCCGCCGCCACUGACGCUCCUCAAUACUGUAUUAUAUUACUUUUAUCUCGCUGUCACCUCAUCUGGCAUAAAGCCAGUGAAAUCAUGGAAUCCAUGCUCAAUAAACUGAAGAGCACCGUCACCAAGGUGGCAGGUGAUAUGACCAGCGCUGUCAUGGGUAACCCCGUCACACGGGAGUUUGAGGUGGGCCGUCAUAUCUCCAGUGGGGGUCCUGGAAUGUGCUGGAGGAUCUACAACGGCACGAAAAAAUCCACCAAACAGGAAGUGGCAGUCUUUGUGUUUGAUAAGAAGCUCAUUGACCGCUAUCAGAAGUUUGAGAAGGAUCAAAUCAUCGAUUCGCUCAAGAGAGGAAUCCAGCAACUGACCCGGUUACGACAUCCACGCCUGCUCACCGUCCAGCAUCCACUUGAGGAGUCCAGAGACUGUCUAGCAUUCUGCACAGAGCCUGUGUUUGCUAGUCUAGCUAAUGUGCUUGGCAACUGGGACAAUCUUCCAAGCCCCGUUCCCACAGACAUCAAAGAAUAUAAUCUCUACGACGUUGAGACCAAGUACGGCUUACUGCAGAUCUCAGAGGGUUUGUCUUUCCUCCACAGUGGGGUGAAGAUGGUUCAUAGUAACUUGUGUCCAGAGAACAUAAUCUUGAAUAAGAGCGGAGCCUGGAAGAUCAUGGGCUUUGACUUCAGCAUCUCGUCUAGUAACCCUUCUGACGCUGAACCCAAGUAUGUUUGUAAAGAGUGGGACCCCAAUCUACCACCUCUCUGCCUGCGUAACCCUGAGUAUGUCGCCCCUGAGUACAUCCUGUCUGUCAGCUGCGAUGCGACCUCUGACAUGUAUUCGCUGGGUGUGCUAUUCCAUGCCAUGUUUAAUGAAGGGAAGCCGGUCUUUCAGGUCAACAAGCAGGACAUAUUCAAGAGCUUCAGCCGACAUCUCGACCAGCUGACACAUUUGAAUCCAGGAGUGUUAAGCAAGGUCCCAGAGGAGGUGAGGGAACAUGUAAAAAUGUUGCUUAGCGUCACGUCCAACGUGCGUCCUGAUGCUGAUCAGAUGACAAAGAUUCCCUUCUUCGAUGAUGUAGGAGCGAUGACUCUUCAGUACUUCGACUCCCUUAUCCAGCAGGACAACUUGCAGAAGUCUCAGUUCUACAAAGGCCUGCCCAAAGUUUUGCCCAAGCUGCCUAAGAGAGUGGUAAUAUACCGAAUCCUGCCGGCACUCAUGUCUGAGUUUGUGAAUCCUGAUAUGGUUCCGUUUGUCCUUCCAAACGUGCUGCUCAUCGCUGAAGAGUGCACAAAAGAAGAAUACAUCCGCCUCGUGCUCCCAGACCUCACCCCUGUCUUUAAACAGCAGGAGCCUGUGCAGAUCCUGCUGAUAUUCCUACAAAAGAUGGAUCUACUACUGACCAAAACCCCUCCUGAAGAUAUCAAGAACAGUGUUCUGCCCAUGGUGUAUAGAGCUAUGGAGGCUCCUUCUACUCAAAUACAGGAGCUUUGUCUGAAUAUCAUUCCCACGUUUGCCAAUCUGAUCGAGUAUCCCUCCAUGAAGAAUGCACUCAUUCCACGGAUCAAAUCUGCCUGUUUACAAACCUCCUCGCUAGCGGUGAGGGUGAACUCUCUGGUGUGCCUAGGCAAAAUUCUGGAAUAUCUGGAUAAAUGGUUCGUCAUUGAUGAAAUUCUACCAUUCCUGCAACAGAUUCCAUCCAGAGAGCCUGCUGUGCUCAUGGGUGUUCUGGGCAUCUAUAAGUGCACUUUCACCCACAAGAAACUGGGCAUCCCUAAAGAGCACCUUGCUGGAAAGAGUUUACCUCAUCUGGUAUCACUCAGUAUUGAUAACAACCUUAACCUUAACCAGUUUAACUCUUUCAUGGCUGUGAUCAGGGACAUGUUGAGUCGCAUGGAGGCCGAGCACAAGACCAAACUAGAGCAGCUGCACAUCAUACAGGAACAACAGAGGAGUUUAAACAUUACAAACCAUAUGAACCAAGCAGAGGAGACUAAGAGCACCCCCAGUCCGGCCACACAAGUCAGAGAAAUUGAUGACAUUUUUGGUGGCAGUUCAGGAAGUGCAGGUGUGAAUAGUAAAGAGAAUGGUUCCUCCUCUUCAACUGUUUCUCAGCCCUCAAGAGUGUCUCUUACCUUGGAGGAAAAGCAGCGUUUGGCUAAAGAGCAGGAACAGGCUGCUAAACUGAGAAGCCAGCAGCCUUUGGCUCCACAGAGCAUUAAACCAGCAGCAACAACACAACAGGCAAAAGAUCUGACCAGCAGUCUUCUGAACAGCAUGACCUCUUUGAACAACCUUUCGUUGAACUCUGGGCCCAGGACGAUGCCCAUGCAGGGGGGCGCAAUCUCCACCUUCCCUUCAGGACCCUCCAUGGGUGGAAUGGGCACCAUGGGCUCCAUCAGCAACAGCUUCAACUCGCCCAUGGGCUUCCAGACAGGGGGUUUGGGGAUGGGCAUGAGACCUACCAAUCCUGGUCUCUAUGGAGGCAUGGCCACCACUACGAGUGUUCCAAAUUUCAGUGCCCUGACCCAAAACCAGUCCAACAAGCCCUCUGAUAUUUCCGCCCUAGACUCCCUCUUCACCCCUAACAAACCCAAAGUAAGCCUGAACCAAAUGGCCCCCAAACUGACCUCAGGAACCACUGCACCUUCCCCAUGGCUCAGCCAGUUUGGUACGGGCCAGCCUUCCCAGACUGCACCCAUGCAGGCAGCUCCGAUGGGAAUGGCAGGGGUCCAGGGUGGGUUUGGGAUGCAGGCAAACCCUUUCUUCAACCCGCAGAACUUCUCGCAACCUGUUGCCACUCCAGCAGUGAACACUGGAAUGAUGAAACAAAGUGCUUCAGUUAACAAUGACCUUAAAGACCUCUUUGGUUAAAACGUUUGGCUCUUGUUUUGGUUUUUACUCCAUUAGGAAUCAGCAGCGACAGUGACUGUUAAAAUUGGGUGGGAAGGUUGGACGUGGUAUCUCUUCUUGAAAGAGUGUUUAAAAUAGUUUUUCUGACUUGUUUUGUCUAUUUUAGCGCUUAUCAUGGUGCACCCUUUGCAAACAGUCGACUUAUCUCCUGGUGUAAAUCAAAAGGACCGAACAACACACCAUCACGUUUCUAAGAGAAGCUUGUGCUCUACCCAUUGGGGCUUCUGUCAGUGGAUCAUAAUGCUGUAUGGCUUGAGAAACAUACCACAACUUCCACAGGCAUACUGUGGAGUAUUAAAAAUAGAUGUUUAGUUACCAAGACUUGCGCACUUUUGAUUUUGCUUUCUUUUUCCUUUUCCUCACGUUCACUCCUUGCCUUGAACUUCCACUUUCAAAACAAAUGGCGACAUCAUCAACAGGAUUUGCUGUUUUGCUGUUUGUUUCCCGAUAAAGGAUGUCUCUCAAUUGCUCUUUCAACUCUGAGCUAAAAUGCUCACCCUGUAAGCAAGGAAGAGGUGGAAGCUGGUGAGGUCCACAGUAAUGACCUAAAUAAAUGAAUGUAUUAUUUGUUUGUUGAUGCAUAUAUAAUGUAACUGGUGAUUAUUGUUUGAGGUCCACACUGAUAUACUUGUACACUGAAGUAAAAGCUUCUUAGGCGAAUCUCACAAAGAAAUGUCUAAGUCAUAUUUUACAUCAAAAUGAAAAGAAACAUUUAGGAAAUUAUAUUUUUCAUAAAAAAACAAAGCCUGUUUUAGCAGGAUUAUUAUCAUGACAGUUAAGCACAUUUCCUCCCCAAAUUCUCAUUAUCGUAAUGUGAAAAAACAACAUAUUCUCAUUACCGUAAUGUGAAAAAACAACAUAUGCUCAUUAACGUAAUGUGAAAAAACAACAUAUUCUCAUUACUGUAAUGUGAGAAAAAAAACAACAUAUUCUCAUUACCGUAAUGUGAGAAAAAAAACAACAUAUUCUCAUUACCGUAAUGUGAAAAAAACAACAUAUUCUCAUUACAGUAAUGUGAAAAUUUCAUACUUUAUUGUAAUGCAAAAAAAUCUCAUUGUCAUUAGAGUAAUGCAAAAAGUUUUAUUCUCAUUUAGGUCUCAUAAGGCGAUGUAAUUGGAUAUCGACAAUAUCUUACAGAUCCUGAUGCCGAUUGUGACACUCAAUUGACACACGAUGAUCGACAAUAUUUAGAAAUGGCAAGACCAUGGAUCUGGGAAGUCAGCAAAUAUAUUAAACGAUAGCCUAGGGUGUGAAACUAGCACCCACCAAAGGUGUCAAGGGUGAAUCCAGUUCGCAAGCUCCUCGUCCAAAUGUAUUUAAUAUUUCAUGGUAAUUUUGCUCAUCUACCCUCGACGUCUCGGAGUGACACAUGACAAGAAAUUCUGUUAGUCACAAAGACACGCGCUUGAAGAAACACACUUUAUUAUUAAGAACAGACAAAUGAAAUGCCGUCAAUGCUCGUGUCUGAUUCGUUGUUUGUUCAGAGGUGGGCAGCACAAGCCUGUCAUGUGAAACAAGCACAUUUAAAGAGUUUUCACUCUUUUUUUUUUUUCUGUUUCAUUCAUCUGAAAACUAUUUGCAAGAAUAAUGUCGUCUAUGAGAAUGCUGCAAAUUAUCUUUGAUGAUCUCAGGAUGUGCUGUGGGUUUAGUUUACUUUAUUUCCAUGGAGAAGUUCACGGUGUAACAUACAUUGUGAACGCAGCUCUGCUGGUUCAGUAAUAAAUAUCUUUCUAUUAAAGAAAAAAAGACGGAAGUGAUUAAAUCAUAAAAUAAUAAAAGACACGUUCACUUUAGUGUAUGUAUUAAGUGUAUAGUAUCAAAUACCAUUUUGUAUAAAUACUUUAUAGUUUAAAUUAAAUGUGCUUAAUUGUAAUUCAAAUGUAACUAUGUAGAAACAAAUCUCCCAAAAAUAAUUUUCCUAAUGCAAAAUAUAAUUUAUUUUCUCUCUCUUGGUUUUGGGCUGGAAUAUGAUGGAAAUGUUUUUGAAAGGUUCACCCUCUGAUGAAAGGACACUGCCUUCAUACUGAAGUGACCGUACUAACUGUAGUAGAAGUGAAAACUUUAGUGCUUCAGACAUUUUAAAAUGAGUCCGUGUUUCAUUGGCUGGUAAUGGCUACUGUAUGACACAAUUCCUGUGUUUGUCCACCUUUCAGUUUCUGUCGUUACUUUCUGCAUUGUGUUUGUUAUAAUUUUGUGUUGCUUGGAAGUUACUGCCACAUUCGCUCCACUGUUUUUUGUUUUUGGCUUUUAUCAUUAUCACUGCAAGAUAUGAGCAGUUUCUUGCUGUGGGGAGUGACCAACCAAACAUAUUAUUCUAUAUCAUGACCAAAAAUAUAGCUGCAACACAGCAAGUCACCAAAAUGUGUAUUGUUUCUAUAAACCAUAUGUACUAAAUGUACAUUAUAUAGAGGUGAACUGCCACUGGAGUUUUUUUAAGUACUGUUGCAAGUUAAACAACUUCUUGAAGAGGACAUUUCAUAUUCCGACUGGUUUUAUUUAAAGGGAAUGUGUUUCCUAGUCUUCUGAAUGAGAGGCCUUAUGUUGAGAGUUGUGCAAUAACAUGUCUGUUAUGGGGAUUGUGAAAAUGACUCGCUGUAUGAGUGUUUCACUACAUGCAGUUUUCAAAUAGUUUAAAUUAAUGUAGAUAAAUAUCUGGGUUCGUAUAAAUUAAAAGAAAUGUGAACUGGAUUGUAAGAUGGUGGUUUUUGAAAUCAAAUAAAUUGAUUAUUUCAA